GAAGAGAUGGAAAUUUUAAAUCCUUCCAGAGAGGAAUGUCCCAAGCACCUGGGCAGGAUAGGCAUCAUGGCUGUUAGCCUCAUGGGUUUGCUUCUACUUCAGGCAAUAUCGUGGGCCUCAGGUGCUUGCCCCUGCGUGCCUCAAAGCUUUGGUUACAGCUCAGUGGUCUGUGUCUGCAAUGCCACCUACUGUGACUCUCUUGACCCUGUGACACUUCCUGACCUUGGCAACUUCAGCCUCUAUGAGAGCACACGUAGUGGACGUCGGAUGGAGUUGAGUAUGGGGGCCAUCCAGACCAGCCAUACAGGCACAGGGCUGCUACUGACCUUGCAGCCGGAACAGAAGUUCCAGAAAGUGAAGGGAUUUGGAGGGGCCAUGACUGAUGCUGCUGCUCUCAACAUCCUUGCCCUGUCACCAGCGGUGCAGAAUAUGCUACUCAAAUCUUACUUCUCUGAAGAAGGAAUUGAAUACAACAUCAUCCGGGUACCCAUGGCCAGCUGUGACUUUUCUAUCCGUAUCUACACCUAUGCCGACACCCCUGAUGAUUUCCAGUUGAACAACUUCAGUCUCCCAGAAGAAGAUACCAAACUCAAGAUACCCCUGAUUCACCGGGCCCUGGCAAUGACCCAACGUCCCAUCUCACUCUUCGCCAGUCCCUGGACAUCACCCACUUGGCUCAAGACCAAUGGGGCAGUGAAUGGGAAAGGGUCACUCAAGGGUCAGCCUGGGAACAUUUACCACCAGACCUGGGCCAAUUACUUUCUCAAGUUUUUGGAUGCCUACGCUGAGCAUAACUUACAGUUUUGGGCUGUGACUGCCGAGAAUGAGCCUUCUGCAGGACUGUUUAGUGGGUACCCCUUCCAAUGCCUGGGCUUCACUCCUGAACACCAGCGAGAUUUCAUUGCCCGUGAUCUGGGUCCUUCCCUUGCCAAUAGUACUCACCGUGAUGUCCGCCUACUCAUCCUGGAUGACCAACGCCUGCUGCUGCCCCACUGGGCUCAGGUGGUGCUGUCAGAUCCAGAAGCCGCUAAAUAUGUUCAUGGCAUCGCUGUGCACUGGUACCUGGAUUUUCUGGCUCCAGCAAAAGCCACCCUGGGUGCGACACACCGCCUGUUCCCAGACACCAUGUUGUUUGCCUCAGAGGCUUGUGUGGGUUCCAAGUUUUGGGAACAGAGUGUACGGCUGGGCUCCUGGGAUCGCGGGAUGCAGUACAGCCACAGCAUCAUCACGAAUCUUCUCUACAACGUGGUUGGCUGGACUGACUGGAAUCUCGCCUUGAACCCCGAAGGGGGACCCAACUGGGUACGCAACUUCGUUGACAGUCCCAUCAUUGUGGACAUCACCAAGGACACGUUUUACAAGCAGCCCAUGUUCUACCACCUUGGUCACUUUAGCAAAUUCAUUCCUGAGGGCUCCCAGAGAGUGGGGCUGGUAGCCAGUGAGAAGAACGACUUGGACACGGUGGCAUUAGUGCGUCCCGAUGGCUCUGCAGUUAUGGUGGUGCUAAACCGCUCUUCCAAGGAUGUGCCUCUCACCAUUGAGGACCCUGCCGUGGGUUUCCUGAAGACUACAGCACCUGGCUAUUCCAUCCACACCUACUUGUGGCGUCGCCAGUAAUGGAGCAGAUCCCUAAGCCAGCGCCUGGGUUUCGAAUGGGCAUUAAAAGGACAGAGUCAGUUUGCACGCUAUUUGUGAUUAAAAGGGCACAGCAGGGCCGGGGAGAGCUCACAGUGAUGUAAGCCCACAAACAGUGGUUUGGGUGACUCACUUCCCUUGCGAGUUGGUGCCAGGGGCUGGAGGUCCCUAGACAGAGAACCAGGAAGCCCCAGUGGCCCCCUACUACCCUGAUGUGAGUGUGUGCUGUAUGCUGGUUGUCUGUGGAAACUGGGCCUGGGCCCAGGGUGAGCUCAUUGUACAAACACAGGA